AUGGCAGAAACACCAAACUCCGGCGGAUCGACGCCGAACGAUUCGCGAUUCACGUCGCAGGCGGUCACUGUCGAGGAUCGCCUCAAGGCCGACACCGUCGGUCUGGUCACGCUCGACGACUUUCGCAAGAGGCGGGCAGAAGCACUUGAAGCAGCAGACGCCGGCGAGUGGUGCGACGAGUCCAGAUGGACGUACAGUGAGCCAGGAGCAAAAGCGGCAUGCAAGAAGCGCAAGAAAGUCGCAAAGACAGGCGGCCUGUCCUUUGGCGACGACGAGGACGAUGUAGACGCUGCCAGCCAUGUAGCCACGCCAGGCGACUCACGAUCAGCGACACCCGCCAAUGCGACGGCUGCGACCGACUCUGAAGCGCCCUCGGAAGGAGCCAGCACGCCGUUCAAGAAGAAGAGCUUGAGACGCAAUGUUGGUGUGGGCAUGCAGCCAAAGGCUCUGACCAAGUCUGCGCUACUGAAGGAAGCGCAGCUCAAGGAACAGCUACGAAGAGAGUACACCCAGAUGCAGGAAGCUGUAAAAGCGACCGACUUCAUGAUCCCAUUCGUCUUCUACGACGGCAAGAAUGUGCCCGGCGGCAUGGUCAGGAUGAGGAAGGCCGAUCACAUCUGGUUGUUCGUUGAGCGAGCGCGCAAAGUCGGCGCUGACUUGGCAGGCAAAGGUGACAAGAGCAGGAGAGACUGGGCACGUAUAUCUGUUGACGACCUGAUGGUCGUCAAAGGCGAUCUCAUCAUUCCUCACCACCAAGAUUUCCAUUACUUCAUCAUCAACAAGACCGUCGGCUAUGUGGACGGCCAACUCUUCAACUACUCCGCCGAACCAACCUCUUCCACGCCGAAACACCUCUUACCCUCCUCGAACCCUGCCUCGAAAGCCGCAACGCCCGAACCACCCAAGGACGAUCCAGAAAGCGGCCUGUACCUCCAGACCGCUGCACAGAGAAAGCAGCAAGCUAUGCAAAGGUCGGAUAUCCCAGAUGCUGAUCUUGAAGGCUACGACCAUGAUCCGAACCUGACGAAAGUGGUCGACCGGCGGUGGUACGAGAGGAAUAAGCACAUAUAUCCAGCCAGCAGUUGGGAAGACUUCGAUCCGACCAGGGACUAUUCCAGCGGUGUGAGGAAGGACCGAGACGGGAAUGCCAUGUUCUUCUCACGAUAG